AGGAUCACCAUCACUAUGACUAUUUCUUCUAUUUUUGAGAAUGAGUAGAAUGGGCACAGGUGGAAUCACAGAAUGGAACGCGUAGACUGUGACUGGAUACAGUAGAUACUAGAUCAUCUAAUAAAUAAUUUUGUAAAUAGUGGUCUUCGUCUUGUUCUGACUUCUGCUACCGGAGGUGCUGGCCAUAUUAGGCAUUCGCAAAAAAAUGUUGACGACGACGUCUCCUGUGGUUUUAAGACGCCGAGUCUGUGGUCAUCUUUUUGUUUUCUUGUGGCUCACAACUGGUUUGACUUCUCUGGGCGCUGUAGGAGUUGUAGAGUACGUUGGAGCAUCCUCUGCAACUUCGUAUGAAGAGGUGGAGCACGACGUUGAUGUUGGCGAUCCUAGGUCAUCUUCAACCGCGGCCUUUACUAGUCCUCGAGGUGCUGGCAACACCGAAGACUUUCCUGCCGCCGUUUAUUCGAUCGAUGAAGUAAUGAAGAAUUUUUAUGCAUCAGCGCAUUUGCAUGAUCAUCGCGAUGAUGUUGACACCACAGCCACAGCUGCUGUCGACGAGGUGCCGCGUUCUUAUCCAAGAGCAACUCCAUCUACUACAACUAACAGAUUUCCAUUUUUACAAGACAUAGCAACAUUAGAUUUCCACCUCCACCAGCAGCAGCACGAGAAAGGAGCGCCAGGAGCGUUCCACGAGUCAUGCAAAUUGAACAGUCACGACCAGCAGCAGCAACAACAGGUCUUGCAGCAAGAACAGCAUGAUAAAAAUCACUUUGUGUGGGAACUAGUGGAGAUGGAUGAAGAUGAAGCACUUGAAAUGCGAGAUGAUGAAACAACACAAGGAGAUGACGAAACGAGUUUAGUUCUUGAUGAAUCUUAUUUUCAUACAACCUUGAAGGAGCUCAAGCUAGAGUUACCACGCACUUCUGCUCAGCCGCAGCCAGAUGAAGGUCAACAAGAACGACAACAAGAUGGAGAAGAACUGCUCACCGCAACUUCUUUGCUGAAGCAGUGGCUCGACCACGUAGAGGAUGACGCAAAUGCAAAGACCGCGCACCACGACGACGAGGACCCGAACAAGAAUGGUUUGCGUCAGAUAGAGGAUCGAUGGGUCAAAUAUCUCUCUUGGCUUGUGGUCUCUACUUGUCCCGAGAAGAGUUGUAAUAUUACGGAGCAAGAAGUGGUCGACCAAGAAGAUCAUGGAGAAAGAAGUGGAGGAGCUAAAGUUCGGCCAGAGGCGAUCGUUACUUUGCGGGAAAAGGGAACGGGUCAUAUGCUCGUGCUAUUGCCGAGCAACCAUGGCGCUUUCUCUGGCAGUGUGGAGGAUUGGAAAGGCCUUCUGCAGAACUGCUCACAAGACCUUCCCAAGAACCACAUUUUGAGAAGGGUUUUUCUCGAAAAGAGCGCUCCUGGACCAGAUGCAUGGGUGUUGGAAAUGACUGCAUUGAGAUACGCCGAGUUGUAUGCCUACUCCUCACGCGGGGGCACCUCUAAAAUUAAACGUCAACAUAACUACUUCGACAUCACCUUCCCCGUGGCACUUGCUUCUUCACCAUGCCGUAUCACGUUUGCUGAUUUAGUUUUGUCGGGACUAGACGGCACCCCAGGGCGGAACAAAAUGGACGAACUUUUUGAUUGUCGCAACCGUGCGCUUGCCCAUGGAGUCAACCUCUCGCUUCGAAGCCUUCUGUUAGGCGACGCACAAGAAGUACAACAAGAAUCCUCUUCUGCUGGACAACAAGAAUACCCUUCUGUUGCGACACCAGAAGAACAUAAUGAAGUAGGUAAUAUUAAGACCGAGGACAUCAGCUACAGCACCGCCGAGUCCGAGGACGAACUUCCACCGCACACCAGCACGUGUAUCACGAAAGUAGAAGAUAUUGACGUGAUGAAAGAACCGAAGACCGAGACACGCAGACGAACAAUAAGCAUGGCUAGAAGCAGUUCUACGGCAACGUCUUCGCUGACGUCGAGCAAGAGAGAGAAGAAGGUCAUCUUUCUUUCGCUGGGAGCUUAUCACUUGUUCGACGUAGUAAAAUAUCUGACACAGAGAGAGGCUUUUCGUGCGCCGUUUUCCUUGUUGAACUCCACCUCAUCACGUGGAGGUCAAGGAAAAAAGGAGAAGGACGACAAGGAGAACCCGCCACGUCUCGUUCGCUUGCAUCCCGAUGUUGCCCAUUCGAAGUGGCGGUGUCAGGCACUUGCGCGAUUCUUGGCGGAGCGACACAAGUUCUUUGACGAGCAAAAAAGCGCCCCUCGAUCAUGUGGUCUACCUUCUUCACUUGAUGAACCUCGUCCAAACGAGCAGGAGCAAAAAGAAAAAAGGAGCUUUUUAAAAUGAAAGCGAAAUGACGUGACAAAAAUUUUUCGCUUGUGAAAGCAUUGCGACUUCUCAACACUAUUUAAGAAUUAUGGUCGGCUUUAAUCCAUCUUUCUCUUCAUCGUGGUCCCCUUUUGCCUUGUAUUCUCAUGAAAUACAAGGGAGAAGGCGAAGGGGUCAAGAUGAGGGAACCGGGAUAGAUUUACUUAUAAGCUGAGGCUAAAAGAAAGACGGCAACAUCUUUGGCGCAAAUGAACACUCUCUCUGGUUUGUCGUGGUGAGGUAAUCGACAACGUCAAAACGUGCAAGUCUGCGACUCUGGGACACCUGUCUAUUCGUUGCCAACGGAUUUGCUUGCCCUACGACAAAGUAGGCGCUGAAUUAGAAAUGAUCUAGACGACGCGGAGGCGGACUAUGUUCUACUGAGCAGCUGAGCCGCUUAUUUCGCGAUCAUGCUCUCGUAAAGAUUACUUGAGGAAGAUGCUCUAGUAAAGAUUACUUGAGGAAGAUGCUCUAGUAAAGAUUACUUGAAAGAAAGCGCAGAAGAAGCCCCACAUGACUAGACUGCAAGAGCAGGACGAAAAAUCAUGAGAGUCCUAAAUAAAGAUGAUCAUCUUCAGCAUAUCAAAAUUAUUACCCUAGUAUCAGUAUGCGGGUCUGAAAGAAGAUAGUCGGGAGUGGAGGAAAAGAUUCCCUUGGAAAGACUCUAUUAACUUCGGUGGGGAGUCAGCCACAACGAACGGUGAAGCUUAUGCAUCGGCGACUUUUAGUUUUUCUGUUACAU